UCAAGCUCUGUGUUACUGAUUGCCAUGUCAAAUUCCUGUGUGUCUACUGAUGCAUUUGGCGAAUAAAGUGAUUCUGAUUUUGAAGCAGACCAAGGUGUGGUUCCCCUCCCGUCCAGCAGGGGGCGCUGGCGCCACUGAGCGAAGCCGUCCAGCGUUCAACAACAUGGGGAGGAAGUUCUAGCCAGAGACGGUUGAGCCAACGACAACAAACCGCCGGGUAUCUGUGUGGAAGAACUGUUAACUUUACUGGCCUGACUUUAGAUUAAAGGGUCUACAGAGGAGGAAACUCCCCGCCUGUCAGUCCUCCAUGGCGGAUGUCAAGAACUUCCUGUAUGCCUGGCUUGGGAAAAAGAAGCUGACUCCCAGCUAUGACAUCCGAGCUGCAGGGAACAAAAACAGGCAGAAGUUUUUGUGCGAGGUCCGUGUUGACAGCUACAACUACAUCGGGAUGGGGAACUCCACCAACAAGAAGGACGCUCAGACAAACGCCGCCAGAGACUUCGUCAGCUACCUGGUCCGAACCGGGGAAAUGAGCGCCGCCGAAGUCCCGGCCGUUGGGGUGAGCGCUCCAGGCGGCGACCAACCUGACGGAGGAAACGGGGGAGGAAACGGAGGAGGAAACGGAGGCUUUGGAUGCCUCCCUUCCAGCGGUCCCCUGCCACCUCACCUUUUAGUCAAAACUGAACCAGAAGAGGGCGGUGGGCCGGUACCGGGAGUCACUGGACUGGGCUACUCCGGAGGAGGAGGAGGAAGAGGAGGAGGAGGAGGAGGAGGAAACUCUGGAGGAGGAGGAGGAGGAGAAGAAGCUCAGUGGGAGCGAGGAGCCAACCUGAAGGAGUACUACGCCCGGCGAGAUGAACAGGAAGCCCAGGAUACUCUGGAGUCAGAGGAGGUGGACCUGAACGCUAAUCUCCAUGGCAACUGGACGCUGGAGAACGCCAAGGCGCGUCUGAACCAGUUCUUCCAGAAGGAGAAAACCAGCGCCGAGUACAAAUACAGCCAAGUGGGACCGGAUCACAACAGAAGCUUCAUAGCGGAGAUGCAGCUGUUUGUCAGACAGCUCGGCAGAAGGAUCACAGCUCGAGAGCACGGCUCCAACAAGAAGCUGGCGGCUCAGUCGUGUGCUCUGUCUCUGGUCCGGCAGCUGUACCACCUGGGGGUCCUGGAGGCGUUCUCCGGGGUCACCAAGAAGAAGGAGGGAGAAACGCUGGAGCCGUUUGACGUCAGUGUGUCUGCAGACCUGCAGCAGCAGCUGGCCGCUGUAGUCCAGGAACUCGGAGUCCACAUCCCCCCACCGCCUACAGACCCCUCCUGCAAAGUGUCUCUGGUUCAGGGCAAGAUGGCAACGUUUGAGCCGUCCCAGCGCCAGAGCGGAGCAGGGGUCGUCCCGUGGUCUCCUCCCCAAGUCAACUGGAACCCCUGGACCAGCAGCAACAUCGACGAGGGACCGCUGGCCUUCUGCACGCCGGAGCAGAUCAGUGGCGAGCUGCACGACGAGCUGAUGCACCAGCUGGAACAUGACGAAAACCUGCAGAAGAUCCUGGGGGAGCGCGAGCAGCUGCCAGUCAAACAGUUUGAGGAGGAGAUCAUGGCCGCCGUGGAGAACAACGCCGUAGUGAUCAUCAGAGGAGCCACGGGCUGCGGGAAAACCACCCAGGUCCCUCAGUACAUCCUGGACAGCUUCAUCAGGAGAGGCAAAGCCUCUGACUGCAACAUCGUGGUCACCCAGCCCAGAAGGAUCAGUGCCGUGUCGGUGGCCGAGCGAGUCGCCUACGAGAGAGCCGAGGACAUCGGGAAGAGCUGCGGCUACAGCGUCCGCUUUGAGUCCAUCCUCCCUCGGCCGCACGCCAGUGUCCUCUUCUGCACCGUCGGCGUCUUGCUGCGGAAGCUUGAAGCAGGAAUCCGAGGCAUCAGUCACGUUAUCGUUGAUGAGAUCCACGAGAGAGACAUCAACACGGACUUCCUGAUGGUGGUCCUCCGAGACGUGAUCCAGGCUUACCCGGAGGUCCGCGUCAUCCUCAUGUCGGCCACCAUCGACACCACCAUGUUUAAAGAAUACUUCUUCAACGCUCCCAUCAUCGAGGUGUUCGGACGCACCUUCUCUGUCCAAGAGUAUUUCCUGGAGGAUUCCAUCCAGAUGACCAACUUCGUCCCUCCGCCGAUGGACCGCAAGAGGAAGGAUAAAGACGAGGAAGGAGGAGGAGGAGAGGAUGAUACGAACUGUAAUCAGAUCUGCGGGCCGGACUACUCGGCGGAGACGAAGCGUUCGAUGGCUCAGAUCAGCGAGAAGGAGACGUCCUUCGAGCUGGUGGAGGCUCUGCUGCGGUACAUCGAGACGCUGCAGGUAGCCGGCGCCGUUCUGAUCUUCCUGCCCGGCUGGAACCUCAUCUACUCCAUGCAGAGACACCUGGAGACCAACCCGCACUUUGGAAGUAACCGGUACCGAAUCCUGCCGCUGCACUCACAGAUCCCCCGAGAGGAGCAGAGGAUGGUGUUUGAACCGGUUCCCGACAACAUCAGGAAGGUAAUUCUGUCCACCAACAUUGCAGAGACGAGCAUCACCAUCAACGACGUCGUCUACGUCAUCGACUCCUGCAAGCAGAAGGUGAAGCUCUUCACCUCCCACAACAACAUGACCAACUACGCCACCGUCUGGGCCUCCAAAACCAACCUGGAGCAGAGGAAAGGCCGAGCCGGCCGAGUGCGAGCCGGAUUCUGCUUCCACCUCUGCAGCCGCGCUCGUUUCGAGAAGCUGGAGACUCACAUGACUCCAGAGAUCUUCAGGACGCCGCUGCAUGAAGUCGCUCUUAGCAUCAAACUGCUGAGACUCGGCGCCAUCGGACACUUCCUGUCCAAGGCCAUCGAGCCGCCGCCGCUGGACGCCGUCAUCGAGGCCGAACACACUCUGAGAGAGCUGGAUGCCCUGGACACUAACGAUGAGCUGACCCCUCUGGGGAGGAUUCUGGCUAAGCUGCCCAUCGAGCCUCGACUGGGGAAGAUGAUGAUCAUGGGCUGCAUCUUCCAUGUUGGAGAUGCCAUGUGCACCAUCUCAGCAGCCUCCUGUUUCCCCGAGCCUUUCAUCAGCGAGGGCAAACGUCUCGGCUUCGUGCACAGGAACUUCUCCGGCAGCCGCUACUCGGACCACGUGGCUCUGCUGUCCGUCUUCCAGGCCUGGGACGACGUCAGGAUAAGCGGCGAGGACGCAGAAAUUCGUUUCUGUGAACACAAGCGUCUCAACAUGUCGACUCUGAGGAUGACCUGGGAGGCCAAAGUCCAGCUGAAGGAGAUCCUGGUCAACUCUGGAUUCCCUGAAGAGUGUCUGCUGACUCAGAUGUUCAACACGGUCGGACCGGACAACAGCCUGGACGUGGUGGUUUCUCUGCUGACCUACGGCUCGUACCCCAACGUGUGCUUCCACAAAGAGAAGAGGAAGAUCCUAACCACCGAGGGGCGCAACGCCCUCAUCCACAAGUCCUCCGUCAACUGCCCCUUCAGUAGCCACGACAUGACCUACCCCUCGCCCUUCUUCGUCUUCAGCGAGAAGAUUCGGACCCGAGCGAUCUCGGCUAAAGGGAUGACUCUGGUCAGUCCUCUGCAGCUGCUGCUGUUCGCCUGCAAGAAGAUCAACUCUGACGGAGAAAUCGUGGAGCUCGACGACUGGAUCAAACUGCGGAUUCCUCACGAGGUGGCGGGCGGCAUCGCAGCCCUGCGGGCCGGACUGGAGGCGCUGGUGGUGGAAGUGACCAAAGACCCAGAAUACAUCCGACAGAUGGACCCGACCAAUCAGCAGCUGCUGAACCUCAUCAGACUCACAUCCAAACCUUCAGCUGCUGGACUCAACCUGAUGGCCAACACCCAGAGGAUGGGAGAUGGUCCACGACCUCCGAAGAUGGCACGCAUGGAUGGAGGCAGCAGCGGGGGCUACCGAGGAGGAGGAGGAGGAGGAGGAGGAGGAGGAGGGGGGCGGUACAGAGGAGGAGGGGGAUAUGGGGGAGGAGGGUACAGAGGGGGAGGUGGGUACAGGGGAGGAGGGGGAUAUGGGGGAGGAGGUUAUAGAGGAGGUGGUGGUUACAGAGGAGGAGGAGGGUAUGGAGGAGGGGGGGGAGGCUACAGAGGAGGAGGAGGGUAUGGAGGGGGUGGAGGAGGCUACAGAGGGGGAGGGGGAGGAGGGUACAGGGGAGGUUAUUAA